AUGUACGUGGUGCAAUACAAGAGGUCCCGUAGAGAUUUAGUUAACUCGUUUCCCAAUCGCAAGGCAAAAGUCCAGGAGAAAUUAGGGAUGAACAAAUAGCGCUUAUAUGACCUACCUGUGAUUCUACUGAUGUCCGAGCAGCGUAGGGUGUUCUAUCUCUCCUGUGGGUAUCACGCUCAACCUCAAUUUGGUGGCCAUCUUGUGUAUCGGGCAACACAUGCUGAGAUGUGUAGUCUUGGUUUCAUCCAUGUUGAAUGACAGCGUCAAGAGAGGUGGAUUUUUCAGAUUUAAGCGGCUUGAUGUGAUUGGCUGUGGGUCAACAGUCCUCCUACGAACUUCCGCUGUCCGCAGGUGCUGUUGUUUCUCCGUGGUGCGCUACAUGACAGCUAGCUGUGCACCUUGCUUGAUGACAAGGGGCUCUAGCUGCUGCUGCUGUUGAGUGUGCGUGCGUGCGUGCGUGCGUGCGCGUGUCCGUGUCUGCGUCGCUCCCUCAACCCCAGCACACGAAAUCGCACCACACCAGUACGGAGACAGGAAAUGAUUACUGUACACUGGCCGACGACAGCGUCUGAACGAAGUGCUCUUCGCGUUUCAAGCGUUCGGGAGAGA